CAUUUAGGCGGGACUACUGUAUGUACUGGGGCUGGCAUUGUUUAAUUGCCUGGGCUGCAUGUCUUGGACGAUGGGAGGGGAGAGAGGGCGUCUUUCUGCAUCCGAGAUGGAUGGUCGAGGUUUGCACAAUGCCGGCAUAAAUUCGAGAUGGCCACUGCAGCUGUAUUUGUUUGUGUCAUGACUAGCGGACGAACUAUUGCCAACAUCUCAAUCAAUCUAUUAUUACUAGGGAUCAGCCGUAGCGGUAACACAAAACCCGGGGUAAGUCAGAUCAAUACUACAUAUGAGCGUGCGGCUCUUCAGCUCCAUCCAUCCAUCACCACCAGCUAGUGAAAUGCCAAUAGAGGCGCCAAAUAUUGGCA